AUGGUGCCACCACCGCAAAGUGCGCUGCGACGCCGCGACCCGCGGGUCUCCGUGCACGCGCUGUCGGCAGGAUGGGCGGGAGCAUUCAAUUUGCCCGUUGUUUUGAGAACCGGGCGUAGUGUCCUGGGAUUGGGACCUGUGCUGAUUGAGAUGCCGCAUGGUAGGUACACGGGCCCCGGGUUUACUGUCCCCGGUAUUGGGCGCGCUGGGCGGGAUGGGAAUGCGAGUGCGAGUGCGAGUACGGCUACCGCGACGAAUCCGCAUCUUGAGAGGAUUCGGGCGCUGGCGUUGCAGGCGGAUGGGGAUGGGGAUGGGGAUGGACGCGCCCGGGCGGGUGAGACGCCCCCGGGCCAUGUUCACUUUGCGCAUUAUGCGUUCCUCGAGCUCCGCGGUCUUACCACGGGCAGUCUGGACACCGCGGAUAUUGCGUUCCUGGCUGCAAAGGGGUGUCUGAGUGUGCCUGCGAACUCGGUCCUCGAUGAAUUCGUCCGCGCGUAUUUCCUGCAGGUCCAUCCGAGCUCGCCGGUGAUCGAUGAGGGGGGGUUUUGGCGCACAUAUAAAGAAGGUCACGACGGGAAGAAGAUCUCGCUUUUCGUCUUUCAGGCUGUUGCUUUUGCGGGGUGUCCGUACGUCGCCAUUGAAACGAUCCGACGAUGCGGGUGGAAGGACAGGCGCACCGCGCGAAAUGCGCUCUAUCUCCGCGCCAAAACGCUCUACGACCUGCUCGCUGAGGACAGACCGCAUUGUCUGGCGCAGGGCGCGGUCAUUCUGACGCUGCAUACGUCCGCGUCGGAGCCGCAGAUCAGCAGCCUUUGGUUGACCCGUGCGAUUCAGAAUGCUAUGAUCAUUGGGAAUGCUGAAUCCGAAGUGGCUGUGGUUGAUUUGGAUAGGAAAGAGAAGAUGAAGAAGAGGCUGUGGUGGGCAAUCAUCCUCCGCGACCGGAGUGUCUGUCUUGGGUUGCGGCGGCGUCCGCAGGUCACGUCGUUCGAUAUGGCCAUGGGGAUCGUGACCGAGUUACCUGAUGAAGAGGACUUUGCGGACGAGAUCGCCAACUCGCCGGUUUACAGCCCUGACAUCAAACGGAUGAUGCUGAAGGUCCUGCAGGAGCAGUGCCGGCUUGCUGUUUUGCUAUCGGAAAUGAUUACGUUUGUGUUUGCGAGCCAUGGCAUUGCAGCCCCGUCGUUGUCAUUGGAGCAGUUCCAGGAAGAGCUGGUGAAGAUCGCUAGGACGAAGAGUGCCAUGGAGCGGUGGGAGAACUGCUCGUCGUUGAAGCAGUGGAUGGAUGCUGGGAAAGAGAAGGGGGAGAAGGUCCCGGAGGCAGUGCUGCUUUUUGUGAACUUCACGUACAUGUACUACCAGACCGCCCAUAUCAACCUCGCACACUACGAAACCCUCCUCCUCGAAAACCACCCGCUAUUCUGCGGAAAGGACUACCUCCCCUACCUCCUUGCUGCCGGAAAGACCCUUCGAAUUGCGAUGGCCAAGUUGACCAGCAUAAUGGAGUAUUUCGGGCGCGAAGGGCGAGCGCAGAACCUGCCGCUCAGCGUGCUCGCCUACGUAGCAAUGCCACUCGUCCUCACGGCCAUCGACCUCAAGCUCUCCCCGACGUCCGCCGAGAUGGCCCGUCGGCGGAAAAGACUCGAUGCCCUCGGUGAAAUCGUCCGACAUUCAGGUCGUGUCUACGAUGUCACGGACUUUGUCACGGCCGGGACGAACCACAUCUUGCGCCUCGCAUACAUGACAUCCCAGCAUCUGUUCCUACGAUGGGACGACGUCGAGCAACACACCCGAAUUACAGAGAGACGUGGGUCCGCUAGCUCGUCGUCUGCUUCCAGCUCAACCCCGAGCUCCAUCUCCAGCCCUGACCAGCUCUCGGGUGAUGUUUCGAGCGCAGUAGCCCCUGAACCGAUAAAUGACCAUGCUUUAGCACCGGGAGGAAGGGCAGACUCAUGGCACGAAGCGUUCCUCCGUUUCCCGCGCGCGUACCUCCUCAUCUCGACGAGCGUGGACUAUUCCCUGGCUGUUGGCCGCUUGCCGUAUGACAAUGCGCUGCCGGAGCUCGUCCGGUGUAUACCGCCCAUUGGGUUGGGCAUUCGCUUGCCAUGGACGGUGGAGACGCCAUCGUUAUCACCUGUUAUGGAGAUGGACAUCCCCGUCGAUAGGGCGAGGAGCAGCCGGGGGAAUUUGCCGUACAUCGAUGGGAGGAGUAUUGCGCCGGCCGAGCAGAAUAAAGACCAAGAUCCCGACCAUGAUCUGCUCACUUUAUCAAACAUCUCUCUUCCUCCUAUACCUACUAAUAGUGCAAUCCCGCAGCAACCGGCGGCCUCAAAUUCCCAACCUCCACUUCCACCUCCACCUCCACCUCCACCCGACGAAAUCAACCUCGACUACCUCUACAUCGCCCCCGACACAACCGACCAGCUGCAACUGCAAAGGAUGGACACAACCCCCGACUUCGAUAGACUCGACCUCCAGCAGUUCGCGCAGGGAUUUGAUCCGCUGAUCGAGUCGUGGGUGCAGGAGUAUUUUGGCGAGGGGGAUGGUCCGCAGCUCGAAAGUCCGCCGUUAGAUGUUGGGAUGGAGAUUGAUGGGUUGAUUUAG